AUGUUUGUAAAGCAAGAUUAUGAUCUCGUUGUAAUAGGAGCAGGUUGGUAUGGCCUCGCCGCCGCAAGGACAUACAUUGAGCUGCAUCCAAAAGAAAAUGUUGUUGUUCUAGAAGCAGAUUCCAGUUGUGGAGGAACAUGGUCGAAAGACAGACUCUACCCAGGCUUGAAGUCGAACAAUCUGUAUGGCUCGUAUGAGUACCCAGAUUUCCCCAUGUUAGAAGAAGUGUACGGUGUCAAGGCCGGGCAGCAUGUUCCUGCGGCUGUGCUACAUCGCUACCUGACAGAUUUUGCCAAGAAGUUUGGAGUAUUUGAGAGGACGAGGUUCAAUACGCGAGUAGAUGCACUCGAGGCGACAACUCAAAAGACAUGGAGCAUACACACAUCACCAUCCAAGUCUAACACCGACCCUGGCGCUACCCCAGAAAUACUCCAUGCCAAAAAAGUCAUCAUUGCAUCGGGGUUGACAUCUCAGCCGAACAUUCCUCAAUACCCAGGACAAGACACAUUCAAGUCUACUUUUUUCCAUGCGAAGGAAUUCUGCGACAGAAGUGAUACAGUCAAAUCUGCCAAGAAGGCUGUGGUUAUCGGCGGAGGCAAAUCUGCGCUCGACUGCGCAUACGCCUUUGCCACGGACGGUGGGAAUGCACACGUUGACCUCAUCAUUCGUCCAACAGGACAAGGUCCUGUGUGGCUUUGCCCACCGUACGUGACGCCGUUCAAGAGAGUCACGGAAGAGCUACUCAACACCCGACUGCUUUCGUGGUUCAGUCCAUGUCCUUGGGGCGGGGAAGACGGCUUUUCUAUUGCGCGAGGAUUCUUGCAUGGAACAGCCAUCGGCCGGUUCCUUACACAGAUCUUCUGGAAAGUUUUGAGUGCUGAUGUAAUCGGUCUAAACGGGUACAAUAACCAUCCAGAAGUAUUUAAGCUAAAACCGUGGCAAAGUGUCCUGUGGACAGGAAGCGGCGUUGGCAUCCACAACUACCCGACUAACUUCUUUGACCUCGUCAAGGAGGGCAAGAUUAAAGUACACAUCGCCGACAUCUCCGAGGUAGGAGGCAGAAGUGUCCACCUCUCAGACGGCAACGUCUUGACGGAUGUGGACGUAGUCGUCUGUGCUACCGGCUGGAAGAAGGAAUCCAGCAUCAAGUUCAUCAACUUUCAACCACAGUCAUCCAUCGCCAACCUCCCAGAAGAAAAGAAAGAAGCUCUUACAACUGCAGCUGAUAACUCCAUUCUGUCCUCGUUUCCCAUUCUCAGAGACCAACCCACCCUACGAAGCACUCCUAAGAAGACUGAGCCAUUCCGCAACUACCGUUUCAUAGUGCCAGUAGACCACGUCUCCAACUGCAACAUCGCAUACGCGGGCAUGGUUUCAACCGUCAGCACCACUAUGUUUGCCAACGCUCAGGCAUUGUGGAUAUCGGCCUUCUUCGACGGCAAGCUACACCGUGAGCCGAAGGACCAGGCCGAGGUGACGCAGGAGGUGAUGCUGCACACGCAAUUUGGCAAGUGGCGAUACCCCUGUGGCUACGGCGCUGAGCUGCCUGAUUUUGCGUUCGAUUCUGUUCCGUAUGUGGACUUGCUGUUGAAUGAUUUGGGGUUGAAGACUCAUCGGAAGAAGACGGAGUUGAUGGAGAUGACUGAGCCGUAUAAACCGCGUGAUUAUAAGGGUCUGAUUGAUGAGUGGGUUGAAGCGCAGGAAGCUUGA